CUACUAAUUGAUACGUUCUUUAGACCAAGGGUAGCAUUUUGUGACAUUCCGCUAAUUUUCACUACCAGUAUGUAUAAUAACAAAGUUUUAUUCGAUGAUUUGACGGAAAACUGUUUGGAAAUUUUAGAGGAAUUCAGAAGCCAUAUGAUCAAGCAACUGACUUAGGAAGAAAAAAGCGAUAAGGUUCCGGUUAGACCGAAAAAAGUUGAAUUUGUUGAUGAGGAUGAGGACUGGAGCGAAUUAGCGCAGCUGGCGGUGGAUGCGCUCGAGAGCAUUGAUAAAUUUCGCAAGCAGAUUGAAGAUUAUUGCCAGUACACUCAGAAUUUACCUGGAGAAAUGAAAGAGACUGUAGACAAUUUAUCAACAUUGCGGCAUGCUGUUAUUUACUCAAAAAUACUGCAGAAUCAACAUGAGACCAGCGUUCUUCGACGAGAACACACAAACGAGGAUGACAACGAAAUUUCCACCAAAUCCACCAGGAAUGACGAACUAUUCGAAGUGCCCAACCCGCACAUCCACCGGCAAUGCGAAGCGGGACAAUCGGAAUAUUUGUACCACUUGGAUAUGCUGGCAUCGGUUGAACAGUCGCCCAGCCUCUUCCAUGAUGUUCAGUUUGUCUGCGUAGGCGAUACACCAGCCAGGAUGUAUAAGUUUGCCGGUUAUUGCAUGGAACUACUGAAGAUUAGUGCCCCGGUGGGAUUAGGGGUGGCUGACCUUUGUGGAGCGCAUGCUCGGUUUGUGUUGUACAAAGUUGGACCGGUGCUCAUCGCCAGUCACGGAGUGGGAAAUUCCAACAUGUCCAUUUUACUGAACGAACUGUUUAAGCUGCUGCAUUAUGGAAAAGCGAAAAAGGCUAUCCGUUUUCUACGCAUCGGUAUCAGCACCGGUGUGGGAGUCCGACCCGGCACGACUGUCAUCACGCAGCACGUGUACAACGCAUCCAUGCAGUCCUUUUACGAACAGCAUAUUCUGGGUCAUGCCGUCUUCCGACCGGCAGUUCUCGAUCAGAACAUGGUGCAGGAUUUGUUGUUUCAUGCGUCCAGUGUGAACAUCCACUUCCCGGUGAUUGUCGGCAACACGUUAUGCACAUCCGGCUACUUCGAAGAACAGGCGCGACUGGAUGGAGCAUUCUGUGAUUAUUCGCAUUUGGAGAAAGUUAAGCACCUCCAAAACUGCCAACAAACGCACAGUAUUCGCAAUAUGGAUAUGGAAUCACUGAGCUUUGCAGCAUUGACGCAUUUCGUUAACAUUUCCGCGGCAAGCAUUUCGGUGGUCAUCCAGAAUGGUAUGAUUGACGAGCCCUUAUUCGAAGCGCCUAAUGCAUCGGAUGUAGAAGAAUGGGAAAGUCGUCCGCAGCGAUUAGCUGGCGAAUACAUUCGUUACGAACUCCGCAAAAAGCUUGACCAGCAACUGACCAAACUGGAAAUCCCGAAAUACACGAAUGCGGUCAAAAAAACCACCCUACGUGAAAAGAACAUCCCGGAAAAACCGUUUUCAUCUGAUCUGAGUCGCCUACAAAUAAUGAAGCAAGAGUUAGAUAAACUAGCCCACAAGAUUCACCUAAAAAGCAAAUAAUUCCGAUUCGACCAUGUGUACCACACUUUUAUUUUACUGCAUUGUAUGCAGUCGUAUUUGACAUAUUAUUUUUGUGAUUGUGAGUGUGCCGAGAGGUUUUCACCCGGCACAUGGAAAAUGCUUAAAAGCGGCCGAUAAUCAAU